ACAAGAGAAUUUAGACAGGUGGACUUCUGACGAUAGGUUUUGCGCAGGUGUGAGGGAUGCGUACCAGACCACAAGAAUACACUACGCAGAGCUCAGAGUUCGGCUAACAGCUACAAAGGUAGAAGUCUCCAAGGUCUCUUCAGUCAACGUCGAGUAUGAAUCUCCCUGA